AUGCGGGCGGUGAUGCGGGCGUUGCUCGCGGACGGUGGGAUGGCGCUGGCGGUGGCGCCGGAGGCCAACGAGUCGUCGGGCGGCGCUGCGGUGUCGCUGGGGCCGUUAUGGUGGGCGUCGGAGUGCCACGGGGUGCUGUACAGCCUGGCGGUGAUGCUGCUGUCGCUGGCCUUCGUGGGGUUCCUGGCGUGGCAGGCGCGGCGGAGCUUCCGUACGCUCAGCUACGGCCGCUCUCACGUCGUCGUACUCGCGUACUACGUGCUCCUCUGGGCCGUCGCCGUACUCAACCUCCUCUGGUGCUUCCUGCAGGCAUGGCAAUGUAUGCCUGACAGGGCAUUUUCUUGGAAUGUACUGUCACUGUUUACAAAAUCAGGAAUGUUAUUCUUGGAAGUCAGUCUCAUAGCCUUUCUACUUCAAGGAAAUGAUGCCAGUGGUUUUGAAUCUUUGGCACGAACCUUUGUUAUCUCUGGAGCUGUAGUUGCUGCUGACGUAUUGCUCAAGACUAUAUAUGUUUUUGGCUUUGGUGUUCCUUUGUUCAUUGAUGCUGAUCAAGGAAAUGGUGGGAAAUGGGGCCUAUGGAUUAUUCACAAACUUGUGCUUACUGGAGUCUAUGGGUUGAUUGUUUUCAUGCAUCAUUCAAGAUGGAGAGACAGGCUGCCUGCAAAACCUGCAUACUACAACUAUGUAUGUGUGAUGUUGCUACUGAAUGGCAUAUUACUGUUUGGAUGUUUCCUUGUUGCAAGUGGAGCUGGAUUUGGUUUAUGGUUAUAUAAUCUCACAACCGUAUGCUAUCAUUCUCUUUACCUUCCCCUCCUGUAUGUGACUUUCUUAGCGGACUUCUUCCAGGAGGAAGACAUGCUCCUAGAGAACGUCUACUAUUCUGAAAUGAAGGAUGCUGGAUUCUUUGAUGCUGACUGGGAUUAA